UCUCGAGUCUCGGAGCCGGGAGCGAUUCAGUCAGUUCAGUUCAGUCAGUCCUAGAAAAUCAGGUGAACUGAAAGCGGUUGUACAGCUGUUUGUACUUUGCGGAUUUAUUAUAAACUGACCGGCAGCGGCUCACGUACAAAUCAAUCAAAUUAGGAUUUAUUUUCAGUGAUCCUCCUCUGAUGAAAUAUGGGCGGAAAAUCUAAAGUAGAUGUUGAGAUGUUGCAACCAUCUUGUUAAUCUCCAACCUACUGGGUUCACACUAUGCAAGUAGCUGACCGUCCAGGAGAUAUCUCUAUUCUGACCCAUAUCUACGUCAGUGAUAACAGAACUGUUUGCUACUGGAUCAAAGCUAUCAAGUGAACACAUCAAAUCAAACCAAUCCAAACAAAAACCCAAUCAAGUUUCAGAAAUCCACCAAAACUUAAAAAAUUGUUGAUCAUUUUUAUCUCCUUCAAUCUAUAGGACUGAACCUGGAAUUUUGAACGUGGAAUGGAAAGGGGUUUUAUUAAUAGCACCCAGAGGAAAAAUGGCGCACCCAAGGAGGUUUUUAGGGAGUUAGGAGCCAGAGAAAGGCACAAAGAACGUAUACCUGGAGGUAAAGAUAGUCCUGAGUCUGGUAGCCUGUACAGCGACUAUGAGAGCGGUCAGCAAUAUGAACAGGACCUGCCGAGCGGGUACAACAGCGGUGAGCAGUACGAUACAAUAUCCACAGGGUAUAUGUCUGGAGAAGCCUACGAGCUGCCAGAAACUAGACUGGAUCUCCAGGAACCGGUUCUGGCCAGCAUUGAAGAGGUGUCAACCAGAAGUACUGAGGAUCUGUUUACAAUACAGAUGCCGGAGAACCAACUCUUGGUUCAAGCAGAGAGGUUGGGUUCAAGUACCAGUAGUAGCAUCCAGGACCCCCUUGAGGUUGCUGGACUACCGGAGACGGGAGGACAUAAAGCUAAAAGGAAGAAGACUGUGAGCUACUGUGUUUCAGUUCCCAUGGAGAAAUCACCCCUUGGACAUGAGAUCAGGGCAUACAGAGAUAUUCCUUCGGACACGGAUACGACCAGCUGCUUCGACUCUGAUGGGACUUAUAUGCGCAGUGAAGGACUCUCAUCUGACAGCGGUGCCGCGCUAAUUCAUCAUUCAACGAAGAAAAGACGACGAGACAUGGUGGCCGGGGGAGAGACGGGAAUUAUUAGAGGAAGCAAAAAACGAAUGAGAAAAGCCAAAAGAAUAAUUCGUAACCAUGAGGAGUUUUUUCUCAUCUACGAUAACAAAUACUGGGCCCUGGCGAGACAAGCUUGCUUUUGGUUUUCCAUUCUUGCAAUUCUUGGUUCUAUAACAGCUGCUGGUAUCAUGAUAGCUUUCAUGCCCCAUGCCUGCGAUCCUGAGAUGGCCUGGUGGCAAGGAUCUGUGAUCGUUGAGGUUGGUCCAACUAAUAAUAGUUUGGAUGAGCUGAUGUUAGACCUCCAGUCCCUGAUUGCUGAGGUCCCUAGCCUCCAGAAUAUGGGUAUACAGGGUGUCAAGUUGAUCAGUCUUUACCUGAAAAAUCCAGAUGGCUCUGACGUUGAUCAAAUCAAAGAUGUCAAUCUUUUCAACCCCGCCAAUGAUUUUGAAUCGCUGAAGCUAAGAUUGGGAAAUUUGGCGGAUAUUUCAAAACUUGCCAAAGUUCUUCACGAUGUCAACAUGACUCUAAUUGUGGAUAUUCCGGCCCAUUCGGCAAAUCAGACAAUUGAACCAGAACUAGACUUUAGAAUCACCAAGGCUAUUCAGUUCUGGGCUGGACAUGGAGUUGAUGGAAUCACUCUUCUCGGUCUAAACAACUACGGCGAAGACCCGUUUGUCUCUGAAAAGAUAUCCGCUUGGUCAACAGACUUUGAGAAAUAUAGCAGCUCAACUAACAGGAUCUUAAUUACUUCGUACCUUUUCCCAGAGAGCAUAGACCAGAACCUUGGCAAUCAGAUCUCACCUGUAACUAGGAGUGUAUCGGGAGCAGGGGCAAUUGCCAAUUUCCGUCUUCUGAACGCAGAAAUAAAUCUAAAAUCGGGAAAUGUGUCCGAAAUCGGAACUGCAAUGCUCGAUGUUCUCAAAUGGGACAAAUCCUUUACGCAACCGUGGAUUUUAUGGAAGGGGUCUGGAGAUCCCACCCCGGCACAAUUAUCAUUCCAUUUACUACUUCCGGGAACCAUUUCUCUACCAUGGUCAGCUGUUCAGUCCGCCAUUUUGAAUGAAUCAGCUGAGACUAACCAUUCCAGUUCAAUUUUGGCGGAUUUAGUGUUUGCUCGAAAACAUGCUGUUCCUCUCUACAUGAAUGGAAACUACAAGGUUUGUUCUGGAAUUGAGUAUUGCUACGAGCAGCCAAGAGAAAACAAUUUUAAGAUCAAUGUAUUUGAAGACCUUGUUGUGAUGGAACGACAUUACAAUCGUAGAAACAGGUAUAUGGUGAUUGCAAAUCUUGGAGCCAACUCAACGGAUUUGAUUCAAGUCUCAAAACUGUUUUCUGGCGGAGAGGUCGUCGUUGAUACAACGGGUGUGCACUCCGCCGGCUCCGUGGUCAAGUUUAAAACAAUAUCCGCCCUUCCGCCUGAUCAUGCACUGGUUGUUAAACUACCAAAAUAGAGAGGUCCUUCUCAACAGUCAACGAUACAUUAUGCAUUCAAAUCAAUUAUCAUGAUGUCGGAGCUCUGAGAAUUGUGACAAAUUUUAUCAAAUAUAAAAACAAAAAUUCAAAAUCAAAACCUCUUCCAGGUUUGUUUACGUUACAGGGUGUCCGGUAAAUAAUUGGGAAAUUAGUUUUUUUAUCGGCAAGAUAAAAUUUUACUUUUUUGUUUCAUUUUGGUCGCUUGGGAAAAUUGAAUUCUGCUCAAGAUCUGACUCUGAGGCUGCGAUUUAGAUAAUUUUUACAAAGGAAUUGAGUCUUUGUCACAUACUCAAAGUUUCUAAUCCCUAUAUCUUUGCAACCUGA